AUGAUUAGAUUAUAUUCCCGAGACCCUUUUCCUAUUAAUCAUAGAGAAUCCCAGGAGAAGAAGGAGAUGGAAAACAUGCCGAAAUGGCGUCAAUGGGCCUUCUAUGUUCAAACCAAGGAAUUCAAAAAGGGAAUGACUGUUUAUUACAUCGGUGGGAUGAUUGCAUUAUUUGUUACCUUUUAUUUUUAUAUGAGAGACAGAUAUUAUGAGGAUAAACAGAUUCGUUUCAUUAAGAAGAAGUAUAGAGAAGAUCCAGAUUCUUUAUCAGAAUAUGAAUAUUUGAAAUUGAAAGCUUUAAGUGGAGAGAGAAUGAGACCAAGAGAAGAAAAGAAGUUUAAGUAUUAUCAAGCAAUGAGAAAGGAGUUUAGAAGAAAGCAUUUUUUUGAUCAAGAAGCUGUCUUUGAGCCAACCCCAGAAGAAUUAGAAGAGUGGUAUGAUAAACAGUAUAAAUUCAACAGCAAGGCCAAAGUACCUGAUUUGGAAAACAAACGUGAUGAGAUUAAACAACCUUUGAUCGAAGAACUUGAUAAGGCAGAAGCCAAUGCUGAACCAGAAGAAUAUACCAAUGCCACUAAUCCAAAGAUUGUUUCUGCUGAAGAUACUACUGAUUUUUUUGAUGAUAUUGCUGAAGAAUAUGAUGAUGAAAUUAAAUGGGAAGAAAGAGGUAUUCUUAUGGGGGGUCGUCGUAAAUGGUUAAUGAAACAACUUCGUGGUGAUGUAUUAGAAGUUGCAUGUGGGACCGGUAGAAAUUUACCAUAUUUAAAACCACAAGAAGUUGAUUCAAUUACCUUUUUAGAUUCGUCUAAAAAAAUGGUUGAAAUAACCCAACAAAAAUUUAGAAAAGAAUAUCCAAAAUAUGCUAAAGCAGCUUUUGUUGUUGGUAAAGCAGAAGAAUUGGUUGAUUUGGCUAGUAAAAGUGAAUAUCCUGUGAAGUAUGAUACCAUUAUCGAAUCCUUUGGAUUAUGUGCUCACGAAGAUCCGGUAAAGGCAUUACAAAAUAUGGAAAAAUUAUUAAAACCAAAUGGUAGAAUUGUUUUAUUAGAACAUGGUAGAGGUACUUGGGAUUUCAUUAAUAAUCAUUUAGAUUUCCGUGCUGAAAAAAGAAUGAAAACUUGGAAAUGUAGACAUAAUUUAGAUAUCGGUGAAAUCAUUGAUGAUUCUGGUUUAGAUAUCACUUAUGAAAAGAGAGCCAUUUUCGGUUCUAUUUGGAUGUUGGUUUGUAAAAGACCUGAAGAUCCAAUGGCUUUGGAAGAAAAACCAUUUGUUAAUAAAUUAUUUGGUUCUGAUAUUACCACAGUUAAAAAGAACUAA